GUAGCCAGCGCGGAACUUCGCGUUUCACGGACUACGCCGAUCUAUCUCAGUGGUCUUUCUGGCUCAACCGUUCAGCGUUAGGCUCGCAUCUUUCAGUCAAUGGAACUUCGGCUACAUCGCCAGUCUUCAUGUCUGAGCUUGCUCCUAUUGUUGUUUGCAUUGUGGCCUACACUAACGAUACAGGGCUCGACGCUCGGGGAACGUGAUUUCAUCCAGUUGACCUCAGAACAAAUUUUGGCUCUUGCGACCGCAACGGACCCGGUCGCAAAUGUAGACACCAAUAAUCCCACUUCUCAUCUUUCGAAGAUCCUCAUACCGCGCGCUGUGGGUAGUGAAAACAUAACCCUCGUUCGUGAAUAUAUCGUGUCCACCUUGAAGGUUUUGGAUUGGCACGUCGAAGAGGACACCUUUACCGACAACACUCCGUAUGGUAUCCAAUUAUUCACCAACAUCAUUGCGACGAAAGAUCCAACCGCCUCGCGCCGUGUCAUAUUGUCUGCGCACUAUGACAGCAAAUUCUUUCCCAACUACCCAGAUAAUCAGUUUGUGGGUGCGACAGAUUCCGCAGCACCAUGCGCAAUGAUGCUCGACCUAGCAGAGACUUUGAACCCCUUUCUUGAUCAGCGUAAACAACGUCUCGAGGACGGAUAUGAUGAUGAAGAUGAAGAUGUGGCAGACACGACCCUCCAACUCGUGUUCUUUGACGGCGAGGAAGCUUUCAAAGAUUGGACUGACACAGACUCUGUAUAUGGGGCUAGACAUCUCGCAGGCAAAUGGUCAACAACUUAUAUAGUGCCUAAUUCUAAACGACGGUUGCUUGGGCAUGCAAGUUUGACGGAGUUAUCGACCAUCGAACACAUCAUCCUCCUCGACCUCCUCGGCGCCCCGAACCCAACAAUAAGAUCCUAUUUUAUCGAUACAGCUUGGUUAUUUGAUGCCAUGGUUUCCGCAGAAACUCGGCUCAAGGAUGUUGGCGCUCUUGAUGAAGCAGAAACUACGAACUUUCGCAGCUUCUUCUUGCCUCGAACGGGUCCUGGGAACCAAUAUAAUUACGGAUAUAUCGGAGAUGAUCACGUACCCUUUCUACAGAAAGGUGUCAACAUUCUUCAUAUCAUCGCAUAUCCAUUCCCGCGUGUCUGGCACACCCUUCGCGAUGAUGCAUCGGCACUUGAUGUAUUGACCAUGCGCCGAUGGAACAUGAUAUUACGCGUGUUCAUGUCCGAAUAUCUGAAUCUUCGACCCGAGAUAUCGCAACCACUCCCUAAGCACGAUCAUCUCCAACGUUCCGCCAGUGAAUUGGUGAGAUUUAAUCUAGUCAUCGAUGUCUCAAGCUCAGAAAAUCAUGGAGCCCAGUGACCUGGUUUUCGAAAUAGGUUGACGGACCAAAAUACCAGAUAAUUUGAUUUAUUGAUACAAGGCGAUGAUACAAACAUCUGCAAAUUACAGAGGGGGAAGGCACACAAACUGAAAACCUAAGUGAAAAGCAUAAACAUGUUUAAAGCGCAAGGACAAGUGCUUUGUAAUGCUUCACGAGGUCGGAGGCAUCCAUAGCGAGCUGCGGGUGGGUGUCGCGUUAAGCUCCGUUGCGUUUGAGAGAAGGGCAUCAGUCUC